UGCUAUAUAGGUCGCCCUCAUCACUAUAUCAGUCGCCCUCAUCACUGUAUCAGUCGCCCUCAUCACUGUAUCAGUCGCCCUCAUCACUGUAUCAGUCGCCCUCAUCACUGUAUCAGUCGCCCUCAUCACUGUAUCAGUCGCCCUCAUCACUGUAUCAGUCGCCCUCAUCACUGUAUCAGUCGCCCUCAUCACUGUAUCAGUCGCCUUCAUCACUAUAUCAGUCGCCUUCAUCACUUUAUCAGUCAUCAUCAUCACUAUAUCAGUCGCCCUCAUCACUAUAUCAGUCGCCCUCAUCACUAUAUCAGUCACCUUCAUCACUAUAUCAGUCGCCAUCUUCGCUAUAUAAGUCGCCCUAA